AACCACCCUUCUCUCCCAACUAAUCUCACAAACCGGAUAAGCAAUUCAUUAAUCGCUUGAAUUGUGCGAGUUUGGGCUUUCGGAACACGUUUACUGUUCUCCUCGAGACUGGUAGAUAAAAAGUUCCCAACUAGACUUUUUAGAAAAAAAAACACACACAAUUACUUCAAAUCAUGAAGAGAUUUCAGUUAUUGUCGAUCAUUGGUUACUUGCUGGCCCUUUUCACGCUUCCUCUGGCUUUUGCCGGUAAGGAAAGCAACAGCACUGAAAAUUACGGUACUGUUAUCGGUAUCGAUUUGGGUACCACGUAUUCUUGCGUUGGUGUCAUGAAAAACGGUCGUGUCGAAAUCAUCGCCAACGACCAAGGAAACCGUAUUACUCCCUCCUAUGUUUCAUUCUCUCCUGAAGAGCGUCUUGUCGGUGAAGCUGCCAAGAACCAAGCUCCCCAGAACCCCGAGAACACUGUGUUUGAUGCCAAGCGUCUUAUUGGCCGGAGAUUCAGCGACAAGGAAUUGAAGAAGGACUUGAAGCACUUCCCCUUCCAUGUUGUUGACCGUUCGGACAAACCUGCCGUUGAGAUCGACACUGGCAAGGGCAAGAAGGUGUUCACUCCUGAGGAAAUCUCGGCCAUGAUCCUUUCCAAGAUGAAGGAGACUGCCGAGAGCUACUUGGGUGAAAAGGUCACUCAUGCCGUUGUUACUGUCCCUGCUUACUUCAACGACGCCCAGCGUCAGGCUACCAAGGAUGCCGGUACCAUCGCCGGUUUGAAUGUUAUCCGUAUUGUUAACGAGCCUACUGCCGCCGCCAUCGCCUAUGGUCUUGACAAGACCCAAGACGAGAAGCAUAUCAUUGUGUACGACUUGGGUGGUGGUACUUUCGAUGUCUCUCUUCUUUCUCUCGACAACGGUGUUUUUGAGGUCUUGGCCACUUCCGGUGACACUCACUUGGGUGGUGAAGACUUUGACAACCGUGUUAUUCAAUACUUUGUCAGACAAUACAACCGCAAGCACAACACUGAUGUUUCCAAGGACAAGAAGGCCAUGGGUAAGCUUAAGCGUGCCGUCGAGAACGCCAAGCGUACCCUUUCUUCUCAAAUGUCCACUAAGAUUGAAAUCGAGGCUUUCCACGAUGGUGAGGACUUUUCCGAGACUUUGACUCGUGCCAAGUUCGAGGAAUUGAACAUGGAGCUUUUCAAGCGUACCCUCAAGCCUGUUGAGCAAGUGUUGAAGGACUCUGGUUUGAGCAAGUCUGAAGUUGACGACAUUGUCCUUGUUGGUGGUUCUACUCGUAUCCCUAAGGUUCAAGAGCUUCUCGAGAAGUUCUUUGAUGGAAAGAAGGCUUCUAAGGGUAUUAACCCUGAUGAAGCCGUUGCUUAUGGUGCUGCCGUUCAAGGUGGUGUUUUGUCUGGUGCCGAGGGUAGUGAUGACAUCGUUCUUUUGGAUGUUAUCCCCUUGACUUUGGGUAUUGAGACUACUGGCGGUGUUAUGACCAAGUUGAUUGGCCGCAACACUGCUAUUCCCACUCGUAAGUCUCAAAUCUUCUCCACCGCUGUCGACAACCAAAACACUGUCCGUAUCCAAGUAUAUGAAGGUGAGCGUUCCCUUACCAAGGACAACAACCUUCUUGGAAAGUUCGAUCUUCGUGGCAUUCCUCCCGCACCUCGUGGUGUUCCCCAAAUUGAGGUUACUUUCGAGGUCGAUGCCAAUGGUGUCUUGACCGUUUCUGCUGUCGACAAGUCUGGUAAUGGCAAGGCCGAAAAGCUUGUCAUCAAGAACGACAAGGGCCGUCUUUCCGAGGAGGAAAUCGAGCGUAUGGUCAAGGAGGCCGAGGAGUACGCCGAGGAGGACCGUGUGAUCAAGGAGCGCAUUGAGGCUCGUAACGUCUUGGAGAACUACGCUUACUCUGUUAAGAACCAAUUUACUGAUGAUAGCCAAUUGGGCUCCAAGGUCGAGGAAGAAGACAAGGAGGCUGUUAUUGACGCUGUCUCUGAAGUUAUUGAGUGGCUUGAGUCUGAAGGCGAUUCUGCCACCAAGGAGGAGAUUGAGGAGAAGCGUGAGCAACUUGAUUCUAUCGUUCACCCCAUUACCAACAAGUUGUACGAGCAAGCCGGCGGUUCUUAUGAAGACGAACCCGACUACGAUGAUGAAGAUGAGCUCUAAGCUGCCAGAUCAGCAAUUCGACCUUUCCGCGUUUGGUCAGCUUAAGAGUAUAAUGCUGUUAACGAUGUCGAUGCGAACGUUCCGUGUUCCACCGUGUGUAUUGUUCAUAUUAUAAAUAACUCAUUCUAGUAGUGCAUGUUUUACUGAAGCAGGCACGCAUUCUUUUUAUUGUAAUACAUCAUUUUCAUUAUCUUAGUGCUGAGUUUGUGUAUUCGGUUUCGUUAGGGAAUGUCUAGUGCCAUCG